AUGCAAGCCUUAAAAUACAUCGCAAACCUUCAAUGCUCUACUCAGAAGCUGCAAAAGACUGUAAAGAGGAUGAGGUCCAUCCAAAGUGUCAGUGAUCUGCAGCGAAGGACGAAUUCUGAUUCUAAGGACUCUGUCAUCAUGUUGUCAGGCUCACGUAGGCCUUUUAGGAACGAACAGCAGUUGCUCUCAUCCGAUAAGAGUACAGCUAGCUUGGAACACGUCAGAGAAAAGCUUCUGUUUAGGCACAUCCCAAUAACCCUAUCGCUUUUAGAGCGUAAUAUGUGGGUCCUUCGAAAAAUUCGAAAACGUCUACAAAUAAAAGCAGAGUCUGAAAAUAGCGAGGCACACGCCCUGACAACCUCCGAUAACGCGAAAAGGAACGAAUUGGUUACCCGUACAUCACCGGAACUGACUCCGCAGAUUUCUAUCCCCGAGCACUCAUCCAUGACGGCAAACGUGCUUUGUGGAAUGCUAGAAGAUGACCGCAAUCGAUCCAGCUUCCCUGAUCACCUGGUAGAUCAUCCAGCAGUAGCCCACUCUCAUGGGGAUUCGACGUUGAGCCUCACUGAUAGGACCUCCAAUCUCGGUAAUUCGACGACCGGUACCUCGCAGUCCUACGACAAGCGGCAGCGUGGCCUGGUUCCACUACACUCCGCGUUAGCUUCGGUGCCGCACGCGAAAGGGACGUCAAGAAUCCUUCGGCUUCUCCAUAUAGUGGAGUCGGAACGACGUCAGCUUCUUCACGAAAAGCGCAAAAGGAUCACGAAGCGUCUUCAUCGCCUGGAUGCCAAUUUUGCUCAUGGAAGAAAACACACCAAACCCCUUACUGAUGCAUCACCAAGCGCUGUGGAAAGGGACGACAGCGAGGGAGAUCCUGGAACUACUGGCGAAUCUCUCCCUCGGGAUCACCACGACACUUAUAUCGAACUUGAGUUGCUGAACCAGUCCUUGUUAGCGCGUCCCUUUUUGUCAGCACGACUAUGGAAACUAUUACUGGAUGAUGAUGUAUGGAAGGGGGCUAUAGCUCAACAACAAAGACUAAUAAAUGAUGGAAUGCCUCACCAGGGGCACCACGGCACUCAACAUUCCAUGGCUUUCUCUGGUGUGUUCCCGCUACUUUCCAUGUCUAUUUUGCUAUCCAGAAUUGUCUUGGGAACCUUCCGAGACUAUGUUGAUGGUGUAGAGGUGAAUAAAUUCGCUCCUCGCUUUGUUGUUUCGUUACCUUCGGUGGCGUGGUUGAGCAAGAAGCAGCAUCCCAUGCUGGGGAAAGCAGAGAAAGGAGGAUCAAAGGCAGUGCAACCAUCACUCUCCUCUGAUAAACCAGUUGAAGAUAGCUCCAAGCACGCGAAGGAAGAAAAGGCCUCAACAUUUAAGGACGGGGGGGAGGAAGAGGAGGAGGACCUACUCCUAAAUAUGAUAAGGCAGACAAGUGAUUUGGCUGAAAUAGGGAGUACACCCAACGGGCGCGAAAGCGCCGUAGAGGUGUCGAGCGCCUUUCGUGAGAACAAACUUACUCGAUCCAAAUCAAAACGCAGGCAUUCUACAGCCAAACUCCGUUGGAUGCCACCGCGCUCAGCCAAAGUACUACCUUUAACAGUUGAAACUCUCACUACGUUUUCCUUUAUUCUUCAGCACUUGCCUAUCCGCGCAAUUGUUCGUGCUAAUAGCGCCCACGAGGUUCUGAGUUUGCUUUCUAUGCUCCAACAUAUCGCGACAGCGGUGUUACUGAUGGCUCGUGGAAACGGGUCGGUGGGAUCUCAGACCCUACAUGCUACGCUAAAGAACUUGGAGAAGAUGAUGUUAAUCACAAGUCGUGAACUCCAUAAUGAAAUGGUGGGAAUGCUUCAGGAAGAGGACACUGUGCCGACACAAACCCCCGAGCAAGCGGCACGCAUGAUUAUCGAAAUGAGUGCGCUUCACCUCCUCCCCUUGCGCGAUCUAUCCACGGUGAAGUUGCUAAAUCGGCUCAUCACCGCCGUCUUCCCAGAGCUUCGGACCAACACACUGCAGGUUUUGAUGGAGAAGUCCAGGCAAAAUCACCUGCUUGCCUUCGCAACACGGAAGCAUCGGCUAAAGCUGCACGAGCAGCAUGGGCCUUCCAAGGCCGAGCCCUUUGUUUUGGGCACCAUCAUCCAGCAGGCGCGACUGCGGCAGCGCCAGAUGGCCAUGGCGCUCCGUGCGGCAUACCUUGGCGAGGUCCAUCAGCGCGCGAUCACCGAGCUCGGCCGCGCCCUGCCUCCACACGACCGGAUCGCACUGCUCCAAAUCCUGACCGGCGCGUUAUCGCUUGAGCACCAUCACGGACGUCGGGAGGACCCCUCGGUUGACCAGAAACGCAUGGUCACGGCGGCCCUGUUUGUGGUGGAGUCGCUUCUUGUCUCCAAGGCGCUUGAUGAGGCGGACGCGGCCCGGGAUCUGCCGCUCGAAGACUGGGCGAGACUUUGGAUUACCCUCCUCGCGCUCCGGCCGGUGGUGGGGAGGUGGCGGGAGGCCGCGCGACGGAGUCCUCACCAGGCGCACGGCCGGAGCGAGGGGCUGAUUGUGGAUGCGGCCAUGGAGAUGGCCUAUCACGGCAUGGCCGCCAUCCUCGCCGAACGAUUGGAUGGGAUUCGUGCUCGGGAGAAGCGGGGGCCGCAGCGUUCAGGCUUACGCUGGCACGCGAGUCCCAACAUGGGCCUCGCGGGAGGAACGACGGAUGACAAUGCCCCCUCAGCACAGAGUCUCUCGAUCGUCGGGCUUGGGAUACGGAAAUGGAGAGAGCAUCACGAAAAUGAAAAAAAGUAUCCAGCUGUUGAACGACUAUCAAGGCAGGUGGAAGUUCUAGCGAAGCUUUUACGAGAAGUGUUGCUGUAUGACACCGCUCUCCGUUAUGAACUGCGUCACUGGGAGGUAGAAAAGCGAGAGACCUUCCAUCGUGAAAUGACGGAGUGCUUGCGCGCAGCAGAGCUGUUGGACAACACGUCAGAGAGUGGCUUGCGGCUAAUUUGCUUCAAGCUCUAA